CAGUAAGGCAGCUCGAUACAAGUGAUAUCGCGAAUGUUUGAACAACUGUACACCGGCGUUGCACAAAUCUAGUUACAAACUGAGUAGGAGAAAUCUAUCAAACAAUGGGCAUUGGAGGAUUGACUUGUCUUCUGCUGGCCUGCAUGGCGAACAUGUCCUUGGCAAGCGCAGGUUUCACCCUAACGCAUUACGCCGUGACUUCCAGAAGUAUUUCAGCUCGUUGGAGUAGAUUUGAGGGAGCACAUUCCUACAAGCUUUCUGCAGCCUCCAACACAGCCACGGGGCAACCUGUGUUUGUCCAUUUCGACAAUCGUUUCGUUCUGGGCACCGUAACCAACCUGUUACCCGCAACUCAGUACACUGUAAAAGUAGAGGCUCUUGAUUCGAGCGGGAACAUACUGGCUGAGGCUCAAAUACAACACCUGACAGCUCCUGAUAUCCCGUUGAACAUAAAGGCUUUUUCCAAGACCAGCAGCAGCAUCACUGUGAAUUGGCCAGCAGUUCCAAAAGCCACUGGCUAUGUCUUGAAGGCCAAAGCUGGCAAUUUGAUCACUAAAAUCAUUGUCAAUGACUCAUCAGGAACCCUGACAGGUCUACAGCCAUAUACUUCCUAUAUCAUCUCCGUGUAUUCUUUAAAUCAAGGAGGAACCAGUCAGCCAUCAAUGCCUGUGGAAACAAGAACAGUUUUAGAUGCCCCGGUCUUCCACUCAUCUUCCCCAGAUUUUCAAACUAUAAUGGUGAGUUUGGAGCCUGUGCCCCAAGCAGUGCGAUACAUCUUCAUUAUCAUCAGAUCAGAUGCUGCAGGCAACAAAAUUAAGAAGACCACAACCUCUUUCAAUGUAACAUUCACUGACUUGGACCCAGGUACUUGGUACACUAUAAAAGUACAUGCUUUGGAUGCCAAUGGCAUACCUGGAGAUGACAAGAUCAAGGAACAAGUGACAAGACCAUUUGCCCCACAAUCUGUUCAUGCAAUUGUCAAGUCCGAUCCCAUUAAUACAUCCCUGGGAGCUGUCAUUACUUGGAAUGCCUCGGAAGGCUCAACAAAUUAUUUUGCUGUCCGCCUGACCAAAUUCCGCGAAGUUGGCCAUAACUGCACGUCAAAAUCCACAUCCUGUGUCAUCACUCCGAUCCAAUGUAGCACACAAUACAAUGUCACUGUCUUCGCCAUCAAUGAAGCAGGAUCUUCCGACCCUGCAUAUCCGACCGAGUUUAUAAGUUUUCCAUGUACUCCACAUGACAUUAAAGUCCAGGAGAAAUAUCCUGGCAACUUAACUAUAUCCUGGUCCCCAUCUCCCAUGAUUGAUUACUACACUACUUUUGUGAAGAGGGAUGAUGGCCUCGAGGCUUCCUGUAACACGACACUUAAACGAUGUUACUUCCAGUCAGAAUGUGGAUUCACAUACUUUAUCAGUGUUUUCUCCUACAAUAACGCUGGGCAGAGUAAACCAGGCAAUGUUUUAAACUAUACAACAGUACCGUGUUGUCCAACACAAGUUAAAACAUUAUUUGUCUCGAGCGAUACGAUUGAGGUGAAUUGGAAUCCAGUUCGCGGAGCUGAAAUGUAUGAAACCAAAGCACAAGACAUGGGCUCAGUAGUGUUCUGUAAUGACACUUCCACAAUCUGCACCUUAUCCGGAUUGGAAUGCAACAUAAACUACAAUGUCACUGUAUAUUCUUACAGUGAUAUCAGGGGAUUCAACAACUCGUGUCCAAAAAAGUCAAUCAAAACAGGUCCAUGCAGUCCCAGAAUUGUGAAUAUUACAAAGGUGAACCCGACCACUGUUAAUAUAACAUGGCAACAAAAUAACAUUGAUGCCACAUACAAAGUGUUUGUCUUCGGAAAAGCUGGAAUGAGAUACUGCAAUAGCUCUGGAUGUUCUUGUGCAAUCGCUAACCUACCCUGUGGAUCCACCUUCUCUGUUAGUGCAGUAGCCACUACUACAGAAGGAAGCAGUUUACCCAGCUACAGCAUACCGUUAGAAACAGCACCCUGCUGCCCUGAUAGCUUCACAGCGACACAAGUAACACAAUCAAUAACCAACAUUAGCUGGACUGCUGCAACAGGAGCACAGUCAUACACUACACUCCUGGAGUCACCUAAAGGACAAGCCAAGUGCCACACCGGAGCAACUCAUUGCCUUCUUGGAUGUAUAACAUGUGGCACCAACUACUCAGUGACCUUACUUGCCAUCAGUGAAACGGGAAUGGCAUCAGAAUGCAACUUCCUCGGCUAUUCAUCCAGUGGCUGUUGUCCAUCUGCAGUUAAACUCUACAGGCUGGGGAGCAAUGCUUUAAGAGUUUACUGGCAUGCCUCUGCCUCGGUAAAUUAUGUUGUGAAUGUGACCAGUGACCAUGCAAACUUCACCUGUUCCCCCUUGGCCAGAAUCACAUAUGACAUAAAUGAGAUUUACUGUGGGGAUCUAUACACUGUCAUCGUCUCCCCCGUAUCCACAGAUGGAUCAAUAGCCACAUUUUGUCCAAUGAAAGUUUAUUCAGUAUCAUGUUCUAUGAAUUCAGGUGCAAUGGUGAUUAAUCGAGGGAAGAGAGCCUAACACAGCCAAGGAUUUGAGAUCAUCAAAAUCAGUUCAUCCUAUCAGAAGUCAAUAACAAAUGAUGUCCUUCACAUUACACUUAAUGCUGACAACACAAUCU